AUGCUCACCGCCAAGGGCACCUCCCGCGUGAACUGGGUCGCGUCCGCCGUGCACGUGGUCGUCAUCGCGUUCGUCAUCGUGGCCGGGUUCAUCCACGCCAACCCGGCCAACCUCCGGCCCUUCAUGCCGCACGGCGUGCCGGGCGUGUUCCGGGCGGCGGCCAUCGUCUACUUCGCGUACGGCGGCUUCGACAACAUCGCGACCAUGGCGGAGGAGACCAAGAACCCGUCGCGGGACAUCCCGCUGGGCCUGCUGGGCUCCAUGUCCGUCAUCACGGCCAUCUACUGCAUCAUGGCGCUGGUGCUGAGCAUGAUGCAGCCGUACACGGCCAUCGACCGCAGCGCCGCCUACUCGGUGGCGUUCGCCAGCGUGGGGAUGCACUGGGCGCAGUACGUGGUGGCGCUGGGCGCGCUCAAGGGGAUGACCACAGUGCUGCUGGUGGGCGCGCUGGGGCAGGCGCGCUACACCACCCACAUCGCGCGGAGCCACAUCAUCCCGCCCGUGUUCGCGCUGGUGCACCCGAGGACCGGCACCCCCGUGCACGCCACCGCGCUCAUCGCCGUCUGCAGCGCCUGCAUCGCCCUCUUCUCCAGCCUCGACGUCCUCUCCAGCCUGCUCUCCGUCAGCACGCUCUUCAUCUUCAUGAUGAUGGCCACGGCGCUGCUCGUCCGGCGGUACUACGUGCGGGGCGUGACGACCCGGACGCACGCGCUGCGGUUCACGGCGCUGCUGCUGCUCAUCAUCGCGUCGUCCAUCAGCAUCGCCGCGUACUGGGGCACGUCGCCGGAGCGGUGGCAGGGCUACGUGGUGCUGGUGCCGGCGUGGGCGGGCGGCACGCUGGGCAUCCAGCUGCUGGUGCCCGCGGCGCGGGCGCCCAAGGUGUGGGGCGUGCCGCUCGUGCCGUGGCUGCCCUCGCUGUCCAUCGCCACCAACCUCUUCCUCAUGGGCUCGCUCGGCAAGGACGCCUUCAUCCGCUUCGGCGCCUGCACCGCCGUCAUGCUCGUCUACUAUGUCCUCGUCGGCCUCCACGCCACCUAUGACGUCGCACACGGCGCGUGCGGCGGGGAGGACGACGACGGGGACGCGCCCGCCGAUGAAGAGAAGAAGGUUGUUGCCGCGGCCGACGUGGAGAAGGCUGAUGCGGCAGGCGGCGCCCUUUGA